UGCCAGUCAGGAUUCUAACUGUUCUUGACUGUCGAUAGUUCCUUUGCGGUUCCUCUUCGUGAAAAGUCGCAACAUAAACCGGCUUUGGAGUGUUGAGUAAUUAAAGACUAGUUCUCACGACUGGCCUGCAAUUGGCAACAUUUGUGAGAGGUGUCAAGAUAACUAGGACUACGAAACGGGUAUUUGGUGCAGUGCUAGAUACAGCACCUUAAGAUGGACGCACUUAGUGUGACAAAAAUAAAAUAAUAUGUUGCAAAUACAUAAAAUGGACUCUCCUCCAAGUGUGUUGGUUUCAGCUGACUUCCCGGGUGAAUUAGCAGUGUAACAGGAAGCACAACUGCCUAGCGGGUGCGCAUCCACAUUUUCCAGAGCCGGCUGAGCUACGCGGCGACGAGGCAAGGUCACGAUCAUGAGUCGUGCACCAUGGACAUGUUUUCUUUGCAUGCUCCGGGGGUUUUCUCUGCAGGAGGACGGGGGCUACAAACCUACUUCCUUCUGCAUUAGAGAGAAAGAGAGAGAAGCACAGAAGGGGACAGCAUGGGGUCCAGCUCCUCAUCGUACGUCCCUAGAACCAUCUAUCUGGAUGUGGACGGAAAAGUUCAAAAGGUGGUUUUCAGUCGGCACUGCAGCCCGUGUGACAUCAAGGAGCUUCUUUGUUCGUCAUCCAACAUCCCCAGGAAUACUGCAAUAAUGCUGGUUGAUCCUGAAGGGGCCCUUGUCUCUAUAGACCCAACCAUGCCCACCAACAGCCCACACUCUUUGUACAAAGUGAUUUCUUUGGCCACCAGCCAGCUAGAAGAGAAAGAAGACAUGUUUCAAAACAUAUUAUCUCAUGUGGCAGAGCAGUUCAGCAGGUCAUUUGGGGCUUUCCAAAUCAAUGAACUGAAAAUUGAGGUGACCAACAGACUGUCCAUGUUGGAGAAAAGAGUGCAGUUAGAGGGCCUGAAGGUUGUUGAACUUGAGAAGUGCAAGAACGACCUAAAGAAGCUACGAGAUGAGAUGACCUCCAGAGGUCUAGGAAAAGUCGGGAUUUGCCCCUGCAAAUACAACUUCUCAGACAACGGGAUGAAGCUGUCUCCCAGAAUUGACAUUCCAAGUUAUCCAAAGUAUACCUUAUCACAGGAGACCAUUGAAGCACUGAAGAAGCCAACGUUUGACGUCUGGCAUUGGGAACACAAUGAGAUGCUGAGUUGUUUGGAGUACAUGUACCACGACCUGGGACUGGUGAAUGAAUUCAGCAUGAACCCCAUCACUCUAAAACGCUGGCUGCUGGGCAUUCAGGAGAACUACCGCAGCAACCCGUUCCAUAACUUCCGCCACUGUUUCUGUGUCAGUCAGAUGAUGUACGGUAUGAUUAAUCUGUGUAACCUGCCGGAGAAAAUGACUCUGACGGACAUUGGCAUUCUCAUGACAGCUGCAGUGUGCCACGACCUAGACCACCCUGGCUACAACAAUACGUACCAGAUCAACGCGCGCACGGAGCUGGCCGUGCGCUACAACGACAUCUCCCCCCUGGAGAACCACCACUGCGCUGUGGCGUUCCAGAUCCUCUCCAUGCCUGAGUGCAACAUCUUUGCCAAUGUUGAGCCAGAGGCCUUCAAGCAGAUCAGACAGGCCAUCAUCAUCCUGAUCUUGGCCACAGAUAUGGCACGGCACGGAGAAAUACUAGAAUCCUUCAAGCAGAAAUUGGACAACUUUGACUUCACCAAUGAGGAGCAUGUGACAUGCCUGAAGAUGGUUUUAAUCAAAUGCUGUGACAUAUCCAACGAGGUUAGGCCUACAGAGGUGGCUGAGCCUUGGGUGGACUGUCUUCUAGAGGAGUAUUUCAUGCAGAGUGACCGGGAGAAGACUGAGGGGCUGCCGGUGGCUCCGUUCAUGGACAGAGACAAAGUGACCAAGCCCACUGCCCAGAUUGGAUUCAUCAAGUUUGUCCUCAUUCCAAUGUUUGAGACAGUCAUGAAGCUCUUCCCCCAGAUUGAGGAGAUCAUGGUGCAGCCUCUGAGAGACUCCAGAGAUCACUACGAGGAGCUGAAGCAGAUUGAUGAUGCCAUGACAGAGACAAGACUAUCCCCGGUCUGUUUUUCUGUGGGGUCAGAGGUUAGUGUGUGGGCUGGAUGACAGCCCUGUUGCUUUAAACCCCUCCAUCAGCAGCCAGGGGAAUGUCUGCUGCAGCUGCAGGCCCUGUCAUGACCCAUGGACCCAUGGACUUCACACCCGCAUUCUCCCAACCUACAGAGCAGCGACAUGGCAACUCACAUGCCUGGUAUAUAUCGACUUCUACUUCAGAGAAGAUUGCAUUCAAGAUU